AUGUGUAAGGAAUGUGGGAAAAGCUUCAGUCAAAAUGCAAGCCUAAGCAGACAUAAACGAAUUCACACCAGUGAGAAACCCUAUAAAUGUGAAGAAUGUGGAAAGCGUUUCAGUCAAAGAGCAACCCUUAAGCAACAUUACAUGUGCCAUACAGGGGAGAAACCUUAUAAAUCUGACGAAGAGUCGAUGAACAGAGACAAUGGGGAGGAAAAUAAGGCAGAAGAUCAAGGACAGGAGGGGCCACGAGAGUCAUCGGACUUGGCAGUACGAGAGAACCUUUCUCCAUGUGGGGGACUGGAAGCUGCCUCAGCAAGUUUGGAAAGAGCAGAAGAUCGGCAGGAAACCCACCCAACGGAGGAAGUGGAAGGCCACAGUCAACCCGGAGUCAAAGCUAUUCGCAGGAGGAAGAAGAUGUCAUCCCGUGUGGAGCUGCAACAUCAUUCUCAGAGGAUUAAUCCCCAAGAGCUGUUAGAGGAUGUACAGGUGAGUGAGGAUGAGGGAAAACAACAUAGAGGACCACCACCAAGAAGAACUAGAAAUGAAGAGGUCUGCAAUCAGCCUCGAAAAAGGAAGCAGGCAGGAAACGGUGUGCAGGGAAGGAAGGAUAAAUCUGUUCCCUCUGUGAGUGGGGUCUCCCUUGAACCAGGGAAACAGAAAACAAAGAAACGCAGAAAGUGCCUUGAUGCUCAUUUGAGAAUCCACACAAGGAAGGAACCCAGUCAAAGCUCAGAGCCUGUGAAAAGUGAACCUCUGAGGAAAAAAUCGAUGAAACAUCCUAGGCUUGAUGCCAGGGGAAAGACACAUAAAUGUUUGGUGUGCGGAAAGAGUUUCAGAUCGGAUUCAGUCCUCAAAAUACAUCAGCGAAGUCACUUAGGGGGAAAACUCCAUAAUUGUACAGAAUGUGGAAAGAGGUUCACUCAAAGAUUAGACCUUAUCGUACAUAAAGUGUACCAUAGAAUCGAGAAACGCUUUAAAUGCAAAGAAUGUGGGAAAUGCUUCAGUCAGAAAGGAAACCUUACCAGACAUCAACGAAUUCACACAGGAGAGAAACCCUACAUGUGUAAGGAAUGUGGAAAAAGCUUCAAUCAAAAUACAAGCCUUAGAAGACAUAAACAAAUUCACACAGGGGAGAAACCGUAUAAAUGUGAACAAUGUGGGAAAAGUUUCAACAACAAAUCAAACUUUAGACGACAUUGCAUGUGCCAUACAGAGGAGAAACCCUAUAAAUGUGAACAAUGCAAAAAAUGCUUCAACCGUAAAUCACACCUUAAAAAACAUCAGAAGUGUCAUACAGGGGAGAAACCCUAUAAAUGUGAACAAUGUGGAAAGAGUUUCAGUGAAAGAUCAACCCUGAAGCAACAUCGCAGGUGCCAUACAGGGGAGAAACCCUAUAAAUGUGAACAAUGUGGAAAGAGUUUCAGUGAAAGAUCAACCCUGAAGCAACAUCGCAGGUGCCAUACAGGGGAGAAACCCUAUAAAUGUGAACAAUGUGGAAAGAGUUUCAGUGAAAGAUCAACCCUGAAGCAACAUCGCAGGUGCCAUACAGGGGAGAAACCAUAUAAAUGUGAACAAUGUGGAAAGUGUUUCAGUCAAAGAUCAACUCUUAAGCAACAUCGCAUGUGCCAUACAGGAGAGAAACCCUACAAAUGUGAACAAUGCGAAAAAAGCUUCAACCGUAAAUCAGACCUUAAAAAACAUCACAGGUGCCAUACAGGGGAGAAACCCUAUAAAUGUGAAGAGUGUGGAAAAGACUUCAGUCAGAGCUCAUCCCUUAAGAGACAUAAAGUGUACCAUAGAAUCGAGAAACCCUUUAAAUGCAAAGAAUGUGGGAAAAGCUUCAGUCAGAAAGGAUACCUUACCAGACAUCAACGAAUUCACACAGGAGAGAAACCCUACAUGUGUAAGGAAUGUGGGAAAAGCUUCAGUCAAAAUGCAAGCCUUAGAAGACAUAAACGAAUUCACACAGGGGAGAAACCCUAUAAAUGUGAAGAAUGUGGAAGGAGUUUCAGUGAAAGAUCAACCCUUAAGCAACAUCGCAUGUGCCAUACAGGUGAGAAACCCUAUAAAUGUGAACAAUGUGGAAAGUGUUUCAGUCAAAGAUCAAGCCUUAAUCGACAUCGCAUGUGCCAUGCAGGGGAGAAACCCUAUAAAUGUAAACAAUGCGAAAAAAGCUUCAAUCGUAAAUCAGACCUUAAAAAUCAUCACAGGUGCCAUACAGGGGAGAAACCCUAUAAAUGUGAAGAAUGCGAAAAAAGCUUCAACCGUAAAUCACACCUUAAACAACAUCGCAUGUGCCAUACAGGGGAGAAACCCUAUAAAUGUGAACAAUGCGAAAAAAGCUUCAAUCGUAAAUCAGACCUUAAAAUUCAUUGCAUGUGCCAUACAGGGGAGAAACCCUAUAAAUGUGAAGAGUGUGGAAAAGACUUCAAUCGGAGCUCAUCCCUUAACAGACAUCAAAAAACUCAUUCAGGGAAGAAACAUUUUUAG